AUGGCUAAGGCCAGUCACGUAACUUUAAGACUCUGGCCGAGGGCAGAGCCUUUCACUUAUGGGAUUUUUCAAGUUCACCCUCAUCCAAGACUUGCUGUCCAUAAUAUUAAGAAGCUUGUAACUUAUGCGAAGACGAAAAAUAAGGCCGUGUCACGAUUGAGUUAUUCUGUAUGGAAGCAUGUUGCAUGUAAUAAACUCCAACUUACUGAGGAUUUGGCAUGGGUCCUGUUUCAUACUUGUCUUACUAUGUCAGCAACACACUUUGAAAAACUGAAGGAAGUUGAUGAGCGGAUAUUUAAUGCAGGAAGUUCAAUGGAUGCUGAAAAGAUUCGUGGCUCUCAGUCCAUCGAAUUGUUCACUUUUGUCCUAUUUCUGUAUAUACAACAAAUCAACAGAAUAUCUCUACGAGCAUCAGCUGUUUCGGCUAGUGCUGAAUGGCCCGGUAGCUAUAAUCGUUCUUCUGAACUGGAUUCAGGUCGUUCAACUCCAAUUAGACUGUGUCGCAACUUAGAUGAGCAGUAUCAUAUGCAGUUUAUCAGUGAGAAUUUGAACGAAAUACUCGAUCUUCUUGUUGAACCUGAUAACCACGGUGGAAACAGUAUGGAUGCAACUUUGUCAGAAGAUGCUAUUGAAGCCCUAAACCUUAUUUUAGAGGGAUCAGCUGAUCAAGGAAGGACAAUUAGUUCUUUUUCAGAAUUGGUGCACAUGCCAACAAUUCUACCAGCAACUGGUUAUUCGAAGGUUACACGUGCUUUUCAUUUACGUGGUCUUCAUUCUUGGAUUCGUUCAUGGUUAGCACAAAAUCCUUUUUCUGUUGAAAAUUGUAUCCGAAACGGUCGACGCUUACAAUGGCGUCUUCCUCAUCAAGUUGUUUUAGAUCAUGGUGCUGGUUUAAACAGUAGUCAACAGCAGCAAAUGCAAAACGAUAUUAUGAAGCGUCAAAAGAUAGUUACAAAUGCUCAUCAAGUUCCAAGGACUGGAUCUCAUAGUGGGAACAAGUUGGUUGUCAUGUCGAUGAUUUCUCGUCAAAUUAUUGCACGCAGUUCUGCUACACUUGAUGGGGCUACACUUAAGAUACAUCGUGCUCACUGCAGUUAUCUGUAUCUACUAUCUCCUAUGAGAUCAGUUACUCUAGAUAAGUGUCGUAAGCUGACUAUUGUUCUGGGACCGAUUGAAAACACUCUUCAGCUUAACCAAUGUGAAGACUGUUUGAUUAUCUCAGCUUGCCGUCGGGCUGUUCUAGCUUCUUGUCGUCGAUGUACGCUGCAUUUGGCUAUUCAGUCUCGUCCAAUAUUAAUUCAGCCUCCAGUUCCAAACACUAGCAGUACAGCUGUGGUUGGUUCAAAUAUUUCAGGGACUAUGACAGGUGCAAAUACUCCAACGCCAGGAACGCCUACACCUGGUAGUGUAACAUUAGUGGGUAAUGAAGAAAUCUUGUUAGCUCCUUUCCAUACAACUUAUAUGCGAUUGGUGGAGCACUUAAACAGAGUAAAUCUCAGUCCGAAAGUCAAUUACUGGGAUCGCCCAUUUUUACUAGGACAGGAUUCCAGUCGACAUGAUUCAUCUCAACAACCAUCUGGAGGAAGUCGGUGCUGGGAUCUUUUACAACCUGCUCAUUUUUAUCCGUUUAACAUACCCCUUUUAAUAUCGGCUCGUGGUGAAAGUGUUGAUCGUAACACAGUGGGUGGAGAUUAUUCUCACAUUGGAGAUGCCAAUCCUCGUACCAAUCCUUCCGCCGCAAACUCUUUAGACUUAAGUGCAUUGCUUAUAACUGAUACUGCAAAAUAUUUUGGAGAUUCAGAUGAAAGACGUUUAGAAAAUUAUAUUUCAAUGGCUAAUAGUGUUUUGCCAAUUCCAUUGCCUACUGCUUAUCUGAUUGCUUUGCGUGAACGAGCUGCGAUCUAUCAAAAGUGGCCUCAACAUAUCGCAAAUGCCAAACUAACUCUUGACCAACGUCAUAUUUUUGGUACUGUUGUGGAUCAGAGAUUUCGUCAGUGGUUAAUGGAAUCAGGCAAUCUACGUCAACUGCAACUGUUAGAGUUAAGUACAGGUCAUGUAAAUAAGCUACAGUCUUCCAAUGCUACUGUUAAUUCGGUCACCGCGAAUGGUAAUACUUUACCUGUGGGUUCUGUUACACCGCAAGGUGGUAAUACAGAUCGUGGCUCUCAUGCAGUUCGUAGUUCUCAUACAAGUAGUCGUUCGAGUAAUGUGAUUCCUAUUCGAAGUGAUCGUUUACGCAAUUAUUCCAAUAAUGCAAAUGAGUUUAAUGAUAAUGAUGAUGAUGAUGGUGGCUACGAAGACGAUAUUUGA